AUGGUUGAAUUGUUGCUUGAAUACAAAGAAUCCGACGAGCCUGCUGCUUCUGUCCAAGUUGCUGUCCAAGCUGACAAAGAUCAGGACGAUGAAGCGGGCAUAUUACUUGAUCAAUAUAUGAUGCAGCAGCCCAUUGUUUCUUCUCAGCUACGCACAGAAUUGGACUUGUACUUAGAGGAGCCUGCUCUCCCUAGAACACAAGAGGUUGACAUCAUUACUUGGUGGAAGGUUGGAGGUAUGAAGUAUCCCACCUUGCAAAGGAUUGCUCGUGAUAUAUUACCCAUUCCAGUCACAACCGUGGCAUCCGAAUCUGCAUUUAGUACCAGUGGCAGAAUACUUAGUGCACAUCGAAGUCGCCUUGCACCCAAAACCGCUGAAGCUCUUAUGUGCAUGCAAGCAUGGAGUCGUGCUAAUAUGUUUGAUAAUGUCACAUCCGACCACUUUGCGAUUCAAUCUGUUCUUGAAGAUGAACAAGAAGCUAUGGAGGAAUGUGAAUCUGAAGUCACCAUUGAAGACUAA